UGUUUGUGUUGUCUUAUCGACAGGCUAAGACCAUAGUAUGAUGUGCAUCUCCAACUGUAAACACUGUUAGAAGUUUUUAUAAUGUCCUUAAUAAAUAAUCAAUUUUUAAAUCGUUUCAUUGUUUUACUUUACUGGUUACGUAUACGUAAAUCUGCUUUAUAGAAAGGACGUAGUAGUGCAGUAAUUCAAUGCCUUCUUUAAGACAAAAGUAUAUCUUCACUUGGAAGGGAUAGAUUCGAAUGUUCGGGCCAUCUGCAUUCUUCAUCCGCUAACCAGGUUGGACCCUGUUUCCACAAGAUAUUGUUCAUGAAAUCGCUUGGUAGCAGGCCACGCGAAAUGUGAUCUGCUGGAUUAUCUAUUCCCUUUACAUGAUGCCAUGCAUGGCCGUGUGUCAGUCGUUGAAUCUCCGACGUUCGAUUGCCCACGAACGUUUGCCAAGUGUUGGGAGGAGCGGCUAUCCAGUAAAGGGUAACGGUAGAGUCGGACCAGAACCAGCAAGGGACUCCCUCCAUUGCGAGUUCUGCAGAGACUCUUGCAUAGAGCCUAGCACCCAGUACCGCUGCACACAAUUCUAAUCGUGGUAAACUAAGACGCUUGGUUGGCGCAACUCGUGAUUUUGCUGCUAUAAGUUGGAUUUGCACGCACCGAAGUUUCUUUGUUGGUUGAACGAGCGUACACGCAGGUUCCGUAGGCAGCCUCUGAAGCGUCACAGGCUUCCGCAGGUGACCACAUACUUUAGGCAAUUCAGUUUCAUAGCUGACAGGGAGGAGCGGAUGGCAUCUCAAAAUAAAGUUUCCGAUGGAUCAUUUAUUACGCAAUUUUUAGAAGGAACCUUGAAACCACCAGACUCUGUUCCGAUAGUAAAUAGUGGAAAAGCACCAGAGGACCUUCCAGAAUAUGACAUAGGUGAAUACAAAACAGGUACAGACUCGGUUACUGCAGCAUAUACUGGACCGGGCGAAGGAUUAACAAGUAUUCGUAGAGUACGUGUUCAUUUGUUUGCUGAUUCCGAAAUUGACUUUAUUGAUACUAUAAAUGAACAUGAAAUUCAAAACGAGAGAGGUGUUUCUAAGAAAGUCACUAAUACUCUUUCAAACAAUUUUGGAACAGAUUCCAAUGCUAAUAAGAGGCUUCAUCAACGUAAUGACAACUCUAAAACCCAAUAUAAUAUCAAAUACGGUGAUAAUGAAUCUUUGUACUCAGCAAAGAAACGCGAAUUGCAACUGUUACAUAAAUCUAAUGAUCAAAUCAUUGAUAAUACAGAGAUUCGAGGCACUCCAGAUGACACUCCUAUUGAUCCGAUUGCUAAUGUAAAAAAUUGGAAUCUACCAAACGACAAUGCUUACGGAAUAUCUGUUUCACUAUAUGAGAAAAACCUUUUGAGUGGCGAAAAUGUAGGAAAUCCGGUAGCUGAUUGCUUUGGAAUCCUAGUUAGAAAUAACUGUUGCAUAAUGGCUUUAGCAGAUGGUGUCAAUUGGGGUAACGGUGCUAGGCUCGCGGCACAAUGUGCUGUUCAAGGGUCGAUAGAUUAUUUGAAUUCAGCCAUAUUUGGAAUACAUCUCAUAUCUUCGACAAAGGAUAUAUUUGUCAGCCUAGUAAGGAGUUUUUGGGAAGCCCAUUCUUAUAUCAUAGAAGCGGGUGGAGCGCUUACUACGCUUUCUGUUGUUGUAGUUCUACCAUUGUUGGAAAAUAAAGAAAAACAUGUAGUGUGCUGCUGCAAUGUCGGCGAUUCUUUAGGUUAUGUAUACUCCAAAAAAUAUGGAAUAAGAGAGAUAACACAAGUUUCGCUUACGACAAGAGCGAUUACGUCACAGUUGCCAGUCGUUUGCAUUGGUGAAAAAAAAACAACGAAAAGAGGACAACGGUGGAGAGCAUCACACAAAAUCAGGCGCUCUAAUGGCUCUAAAAGUUGUCUAAAGAACUAUUAGGAUUUCUUGCUCCCA